GGGGGAGAGGGAGGGUGGAGCCAAAGCAUCCAUCUUCUGGGAAAGCAGCAACCUCAGAUCUAACGGUAGACGAGAGGAUAAACACCAUCCGUCAUGGGUUCUGUCCUGGGACUGUGUUCCAUGGCGAGCUGGAUCCCGUGCCUGUGCGGCAGCGCCCCCUGCCUGCUGUGUCGAUGCUGUCCCAGUGGGAAUAACUCCACCGUGACUCGGCUCAUCUAUGCCUUCUUCCUUCUGCUGGGAGUGGGCAUUGCCUGCAUUAUGCUGAUGCCCGGCAUGGAGGGUCAGCUGAAGAAGAUUCCGGGUUUCUGUGAAGGAGGGAUUGGUUCAUCUGUUCCUGGUGUGGAGGGACAUGUGAACUGCGAUGUGCUGGUUGGCUACAAGGCCGUUUACCGUGUUUGCUUUGGCAUGGCCAUGUUCUUCCUCCUCUUCUCUCUUCUCAUGAUCAAAGUCAAGAGCAGCCAAGACCCCCGAGCUGCUCUGCACAACGGGUUUUGGUUCUUUAAGUUUGCUGCAGCCACUGCCAUCACCAUCGGAUCGUUUUUCAUCUCAGAGGGUCCCUUCACUACGGUGUGGUUCUAUGUGGGCAUGGCUGGAGCCUUCUGCUUCAUCCUCAUCCAGCUGGUCUUACUCAUCGACUUCGCCCAUUCCUGGAAUGAGUCUUGGGUGGAGAAAAUGGAGGAGGGCAACUCUCGCUGCUGGUAUGCAGCCCUGCUGUCAGUCACUGCACUGAACUACUUGUUGUCUCUGGUGUCUCUGGUCAUGUUCUACGUUUACUACACCCACUCUGAUGGCUGCACUGAGAACAAGGUCUUCAUCAGCAUCAACAUGCUCCUCUGCGUUGCUGCCUCCAUCAUGUCCAUCCUACCUCAGAUCCAGGAGUCCCAGCCGAGGUCUGGCCUGCUGCAGUCCUCCCUGGUCACCCUGUACACCAUGUACCUGACCUGGUCUGCUAUGACCAAUGAGCCUGACCGGAAAUGUAACCCGAGCCUUCUGGGUAUUAUUGGACUGAACAGCACCACUCCUGCAGGUCAGGACCAUGUGGUUCAGUGGUGGGAUGCCCAAGGGAUUGUGGGACUGAUCCUCUUCCUCAUGUGUGUCCUCUACUCCAGUAUUCGUAACUCAUCCAACGCCCAGGUGAACAAGCUCACCCUGACCAGCGACGAGUCGGCUCUCAUCGAGGACGGACCUCAGAGCGACAGCUUUGAGGAGGGCGGCAGUGUUAGCAGAGCUGUGGACAAUGAGAAGGACGGUGUCACCUACUCCUACUCUUUCUUCCACUUCAUGCUGUUCCUGGCAUCGCUCUACAUCAUGAUGACGCUCACCAACUGGUACAGCCCUGACUCCAACUAUGAGGCCAUGACCAGCAAGUGGCCAUCGGUGUGGGUGAAGAUCUCCUCCAGCUGGAUCUGCAUCGCCCUCUAUGUGUGGACUCUGGUGGCUCCGCUGGUCCUGGUCAACAGGGACUUUGACUGAAGCACACAACACACUGUCCCCAACUGCUCAUACACACAUUCAUGCUCUGCUUCAUCUGUGUUUUGUUUCAGCAAAGUCAGUAAAACAGUUAGGUAGCUAACCGUGCAUCAGUUACCACCAGAGAGGGCACGGCUGCACUCAGACUGGCUUGAACAUACUAUAUAUUCAGACUGUUCUAACCUUCAGUUAACCUUCUGUUAACCUGUGUGGUGGCUGUGACUCAUCUGUUGCAGCUUCCUCUCUGCAGGAGCAAUGACUAGAGAGCCAGCAGGGAUGUUUAAACGUGUCCUGUCCCAGCCCUGACUGCAGCCCAGUCUAAUCUGGUGGAAUGUCAUUGUGAAUCCUCAGCAGCCUGCUGUAGUGCGCACCCCCCCCCCCCCCCCCCCUCCCCACCCUGUUUCCAUUGUAAAUAUAUCCUGUUAUCCUUGUGAAUGAUUUUGUUUUUCUUUCUAUAAAGACAGAGCUGCAUGCUUUUCCUUGAAAAACUUGAUGUGGCAUUAGCUGUAGCUGUACAUGAAGCUUUGACGAGGAUGAUGAUGGCUUUGGUUGACCUUUGAACUCUGUAGUAUUACAUAUGGAAACACUGUUCCAUGUAAAAUAAGGGGCAAAACUGCUUUGACUGUGCUGUUGUCAGAUGGAUCUGAGUUGUGUAAGAGCAAGGACUCCAGCUGUGACACCCAAAGGUGAAAGCAACAUGCUGCAGUUCACUAACUAGUACCAUCACCGGGCAUGAGCAGUGCUGUGUAGCGUUGUGUGUGUGUGUGUGUGUGGUGUUGUAGUUGUCAAAGCUCUACCAGCUGUGUUCACUCUGCAGCUUGCACACUCCUCAGCUCAUGCACAGCACAAGCUUUCCUGCUUUUGUUACUUUCUGAUUUGCUUUGAAUUUUUGACUUUAAAUGUAAAAAUUGAAACGGGAUUGUUUGAAAGGUUGUAGAUAAGUUAUUUGGUAGUGUUUAGCAUGUAGCUUCUCACAGGCUUAGCAGAGAUUAAUGUUAUAUAUUAGUUCGAUUGUCUCCCCUGUGCUUUUAUCUGAACAUGAUUUUUCCCUUGACCAGUGAAAGUAUGUUGUAACUCGUUUAAUAAAAGUGAGGAAAAAGAA